AUGCUGUUCCCCUAUGCCAAACUCCUGGCCCUGGCCUUGACCUUUACCAGCGCCAUCGCCUCGCCCAUUGACAUCGAAGCCCGGGAUGAACUUGACAAGCGCGCCACGCAUGUCGUCAUCGGCUACAGACGAGUGCACCCUAAACAAGCACAAAUCUACGCGAAGGCAGGCGAGACUCUCGUCCUUGACAAGCCGGUAGAAGUAGCCCAACUCGGCCAGGGGGUAUACACCAGUCAAGAUCGCGACGGCUGGCCAGCCAACACCGACCACUGGUACUGCGUUAUCUCCGCCAGCAAGACCAAGCUCGACGCAAUCAGCAAAGCCUGGAUCCCAGAGAAUGAGUGGUCGGGCAAGGGAGACCACGAGAAGAGAAUCGAGGGAUAUCUCAAACAGCAUCACGUCGAUCCUAAGAGGACUCUGCGCCUGGCUAAGAUUAAGGGGUCUAAUGAACUCCAGAUGUUAAUCCCUCCUGCUUUGAUUGGUGGUAAGAAGAAGGAUGAUCGCGGUGAGUUGGAUAUCUAUGCUAAGUGUACGGCCACGCCGGGUACUGGACCGGCGCCACCGCGUGUGGACUAUGCCAGCUGGACCCAUGUUGUGGGCCAGCCGCAGCAUUAG